AUGACAACCAAAUGCAAGACUCCCAUAACGCGGGCGCUGAACUGUCCACGUCUACCGGAUCCCGCCUAUGCUUACAACGAAACUUUUGCUCGUUAUUACAUCACUCCGAUAGUAGCGGCUGUGUUUGCGAAGAAUCCAGAGCCCUGCCUCAAAGCCCAGGUACCCCAUGUCUCCUACUAUAAGAACGUUCAUGUUAAGUGUGCUUUGGAUGUGCCA